AUGGAGUUUUCCCAUUUUCCGACCGGAAAACGGUCCCUUUAUCUCAUUCUUCUACUAAACUUCAUACCCAUUUUCGUAACUUCACAAUCUCCGGCCACUACUGAACGUGACACUCUACUGAAGAUUAAGCGUCAAUGGGGAAACCCAGUAGCACUUGACUCAUGGAACUCUACUUCCUCGCCGUGUAGCUGGCCGGAAAUUGAGUGUGAUGAUGGGAAGGUUACCGGAAUAAUACUUCAAGAAAAAGAUAUCACUGUUGAAAUUCCAAGUUCUAUUUGUGAACUUCAAAAUCUUACUUUUCUUAAUCUCCGGUUGAAUUAUCUUCCCGGAAAGUUCCCAACUUUUCUUUACAAAUGUUCCAAUUUGCAGCAUUUGGAUCUUUCUCAGAAUUACUUUGUGGGUUCCAUCCCGGAGGAUAUUCACCGGCUUGGGAAACUCAAGUAUCUUAAUUUGGGUGGUAAUAAUUUCACCGGAGAUAUCCCGCCGUCAGUCGGGAAUUUGACGGAGCUGGAGACCUUGUGUAUGAAUUUGAACUUGUUUGAUGGGAGUUUCCCGGCGGAAAUCGGGAACUUAGCCAAUCUUGAAAGUUUGGGGUUGGAGUUUAAUGGGUUUUCUCCGAUGGCACUACCGCCGGAGUUUGGGAAGCUGAAGAAGAUAAAGUAUAUUUGGAUGAGAGAUACGAAAUUGAUCGGUGAAAUCCCUGAAAGUUUCGGGGAUUUUCAGAAUCUUGAGCUUAUUGAUUUUGCUUACAACAAUCUGGAAGGAAAAAUCCCUUCUGGGUUGUUUCUGUUGAAGAAUUUGACGAUGAUGUACUUGUACGGUAAUCGUCUUUCGGGUCGAAUCCCUGAAACUUUUGAUUCAUCAAAGUUGAUGGAACUUGAUGUUUCCGACAACAAUUUAACUGGAACAAUCCCAGAAAGUUUUGGAGGGUUUAAACAUUUGGAAAUUAUGAAUCUGUUUGGUAACCAAUUGUAUGGAGCAAUUCCAGAGAGCAUAGCCAAGAUUCCAUCUUUGAAGGUAUUCAAAGUGUUUAGGAAUAAACUGAAUGGGAGCUUACCAUCUGAAAUGGGACUUCAUUCGAAACUCGAAUCUUUUGAAGUUUCACUGAAUUCCUUCACUGGAAACUUGCCAGAGCAUUUGUGUGCUGGAGGAACUCUUUUUGGUGCUGUAGCUUAUGCUAACAAUUUGUCUGGUGAAAUACCAAAAUCACUCGGAACUUGUUCUAGUCUACGUUCGAUUCAGCUCUACAAGAAUCAGUUUUCGGGUGAGAUUCCAUCUGGGGUUUGGACUUUGGUUGACAUGACAAGUUUGUUGUUGAGUGAUAACUCAUUUUCCGGGGAGCUACCGAGCAAAAUUGCAUUCAAUUUUACGCGGUUAGAGAUCAGUAACAACAAGUUUACUGGUGAAAUUCCUGUGGGGAUAUCUUCUUGGAGGAGUUUGAUGGUGCUUUUGGCAAGUAACAAUUCAUUUUCAGGUCGGAUUCCAGUGGAAUUGACUAGUCUUUCUAAGAUAACUCAGCUAGAGCUUGAUGGUAAUUUGUUAUCUGGAGAACUUCCAGCCGAUAUAAUAUCCUGGAAGUCGUUGGUAAUAUUGGAUCUUGCCAGGAAUAAACUCUCUGGCAAGAUUCCAGCAUCUAUAGGUUUAAUCCCUGAUCUUGUUGCUCUAGAUUUGUCUCAGAAUCAAUUUUCAGGUCCAAUUCCACCUCAACUAGGUGUAAAAAGGAUCACCAGCCUUAACGUAUCGUCGAAUCAACUUACCGGGAAUAUCCCUGAUGCAUUUGCUAACCUAGCCUUUGAAGACAGUUUCUUGAACAAUCCCAGUCUUUGUACCACCAACUCACUUCCAUAUCUUCCAAGUUGUAAUAAUGCGAAAGUCGCCAAUUCCAAUAGAUUGUCCCAUAGAGUCCUAGCCCUGAUUCUAGUCCUUGCAUUCGCUGUUUUCCUAUUUAGUGUUGUAUCGACCUUGUUCAUGGUUAGAGACUACAGGAGGAAGAAGCAUAAGCGCGAUGUUGCAAGCUGGAAGUUGACUUCAUUCCAGAGGUUGGAUUUCACAGAGGCGAACAUUUUGUCAAGUUUGACGGAAAAUAACAUGAUUGGAAGUGGUGGAUCGGGUAAGGUGUACAGAAUUUCCGUUGGCAGACCAAAUGAGUAUGUUGCUGUGAAGAGGAUUUGGAGUGAUAGGAAAGUAGACUACAUUCUGGAGAGGGAAUUCUUGGCUGAGGUUCAGAUAUUGGGAUCAAUUAGACAUUCCAAUAUAGUGAAAUUAUUGUGUUGUAUAUCAAGUGAGGAUUCAAAGUUGCUCGUUUACGAGUACAUGGUAAAUCACAGUCUUGAUGGAUGGCUUCAUGGGAAGAAGAGAGUUUCCUUGAGUAAUAAAGUCAUGGAUUGGCCAAAAAGAUUGGAGGUUGGCAUUGGAGCUGCUCAAGGACUUUGUUACAUGCACCAUGACUGCACUCCACCGAUCAUUCAUUGCGAUGUAAAAUCAAGCAAUAUCUUGUUGGAUUCUGAUUUCACGGCCAAAAUAGCUGAUUUUGGGUUAGCCAAGAUUUUAGAGAAGAAAGGAGAGCUUAACACCAUGUCUGCUGUUGCAGGUUCCUUUGGUUACAUAGCUCCAGAGUAUGCUUAUACAACGAAAGUGAACGAGAAGAUUGAUAUCUAUAGCUUCGGGGUGGUGCUAUUGGAGCUAGUGACAGGAAGACAACCAAAUUUUGGGGACGAGCAUACAAGCCUGGCAGAAUGGGCAUGGAAGCAGCACGGAGAAGGGAACACUGCCAUCGAUAAUAUGUUAGAUACAGAUAUCAAAGAAACAUGUUACUUGGAAGAAAUGAAGACUGUGUUCAGACUCGGGCUUAUAUGCACGAGCAACUUACCUGCAAGCAGGCCUUCCAUGAAAGAGAUUCUGCAGAUACUUCAUCGAUGCAAGUCCUUUAGGUAUUCUGGAGGAAAAUCACCAGAUACAGAGUAUGAUGUUGCUCCUCUCCUUAGCGGGAACAACAGCGAAAAAUACAUUGCUAGUUACAAACGUAUUAAUUCCAAUAAGGUAAUAGAUGAUAGUAGUGAUGAUGGUCUAAUAAUUUCCAGUGUGUAAUAUUGGAGAUGCCAAAGUAAACUGAGUUGUUGUAAAAUGAUCAUAGAAUAGUGCCACUUAAGU